AUGAGCGCUCCACCCGCUGCAAAUGCAACGGUCGACGAUGCCGCGGAUAGGAACGUCGAAAUGUGGAAAAUCAAACGGCUCAUCAAAAGUUUGGAGCUUGCAAGAGGGUUAGUGUGCUUUUUAUUUUAAUAUUUUUCCUUUUUUUUUUUAGAAACGGAACUUCUAUGAUUUCUUUGAUCAUUCCUCCGAAAGAUCAGAUUUCCCGAGUUCAAAGAAUGCUUGCUGACGAAUACGGAACCGCUUCAAAUAUCAAGUCUCGAGUUAACAGACUUUCUGUUCUUGGAGCCAUUACUUCUGUACAAGGGCGAUUGAAGCUUUACACAAAGGGUGAUUCAUUUUUCGAGUAUAUCUCAACCCAAUUUUUCGAUCAAACAUUUAUUCAACGAAACGAUGGUAUUUGUUUCAGUUCCACCGAACGGACUUGUUGUGUAUUGUGGAACGAUCGUAACAGAUGAAGGCAAAGAAAAGAAAGUGAACAUUGAUUUCGAGCCCUUCAAGCCCAUCAAUACUUCACUGUACUUGUGUGACAACAAGUUCCACACUGAAGCUCUUCAAGGUUCGCCGCAUAUUUCAAGCUCUUCUACAUGAAUUUAUUCUCAGGAUUGCUGGCGGACGAUAACAAGUUUGGUUUCAUCAUCAUGGACGGUAACGGCUGCUUGUUCGGUACCCUUCAAGGAAAUGCUCGAGAAGUUCUUCAUAAGUUUACUGUCGACUUGCCAAAGAAGCACGGUUUCAUGAAAUGUGUUCUUAAUCAGCUUAUUGAAUUGUUUUAGGUCGUGGUGGACAGUCUGCAGUUCGUUUUGCUCGUCUUCGUAAUGAAAAGCGGCACAAUUAUGUGCGCAAAGUCGCCGAAUGUGCUGUGGAAAUGUUCAUCAAGCAAGACAAGGUUAUAUUUAUGAUUUUUAGUUUGCGAGUAACUUUUUUUUCUACUUAGGUCGUCGUUUCUGGACUUAUUCUGGCUGGUAGCGCUGAUUUCAAGACGGAAUUGGGUCAAUCUGAUAUGUUCGAUCAGGUGAAAUUUUUUGUUUAACUUUUUGAAACUCUUUUGUUCAGCGUCUCCAAGCAAAGAUGAUCAAAACUGUCGACAUUGCCUAUGGUGGCGAAAAUGGUUUCAAUCAGGCCAUUGAAUUGGCCGCCGAUACUUUGGCCAAUGUGAAGUUCAUCCAAGAAAAGAAACUAAUCGGGGGAUAUUUCGAUGAAAUCAGCCAGGUUUUUUCUACUGCGAAAAAUCGGACAACAAGCGAAGUUGUUAUAGGAUACUGGAAAGUACGUCUUCGGUGUGAAAGAUACUUUGACAGCCCUGGAAAUGGGCGCCGUAGAAUCUUUGAUUUGCUGGGAAAACUUGGAUAUCAUUCGGUAUAAGCUGAAGAACGCCAACGGAGGUAGGAAUUUGUGAUAUUAGCAAGUCAGGAACGAUGGUUCAGAGGAGCAAGUGCUCAAUCUUCGACCGGACGAGGAAAAAGACAAAUCGCAUUUCGUGGACAAAGAAAGUGGCCAAGACUUGGAAAUAAUCGAGACAAUGCCUCUUUUGGAAUGGUUCGCCAAUAACUACAAGGUUAAGAUAGUUGUGAAAAGCGAAGAAAUUGAAGUUCUUGCAGACUUUCGGAGCAGCUCUCGAAAUCGUCACUGACAAAUCACAAGAAGGAGCGCAGUUCGUUCGAGGCUUCGGAGGAAUCGGAGGUCACUUUCGUUUCUUUUAUUGUUUUAUUUCUGCUUUUCAGGUCUUCUACGCUAUCGUGUAGACCUUCAGCUCCAGGAUUUGGCUGAUGAACUCGACGACAUUGACUUCAACGAUUAUUGA